AUGGACUGGCUGUUCCAGAAGGAAACCUUUUCCGACAGCGAUCUAAAGCUUAUAUGCUUCCACCCAGAGAAGCCUUGCGUGAUCAAGACAGUACGACUCCAGAGAGGACAGCAACCUCAUACAGAGUUCAAGCACGAGUCUUUAACACAUACAUCUGAAAAGGAAUAUGUCGAAUGGCUGAAAACGAGUCAAGCAAGCACAGAACAACCUGGUAUAGUUCUCGUGAUGCACUCAAGACUGGGUGAUUCUGAGGAACUUGCUCGUAAGCCACCAGGGACAAUGGUUCUACCCUAUCAGGAAGAUACCUUUAGAGUAGCAAGUCAGCGACUGUUUCAGCACCGAUCACUGUCUUUGAUUAUCAAAAGAAUAUCCACGGCCGUUUUCAAUAAGAAGCUUGUGAAAUGGGAGAACGAGCCUUCACUAGGCCCAUCAAUUGUGGCUCCGGUUAACCAUGGUAAGCCAACCGAUAUUGCCUUAUCUGCGACAUUCUUCGCGGAGAAGUGCAUUACAUACGCCGUUAUGUACGGCUGUGCGGACCAGGUCAUUGAGCAAACUACAGCGUGGUUGAAAAGGGUUAAGGGCCAGGCCAUCCACCCUCUUAUAAUGCCCAUGAUCUUUGUCGAACUGGAACGCAAGCGUCUAUUCAAUCUGCUAGAUUUCGAGCAGAAUUCGCUGCAGGGGCAAAUACUGCACCUGAAGAACAAACUCAGGAGCGAAUCUCAGGCCAUGGAAUCUGGCAAAACUAGGUCGAACGAUGUUUCUGCAAAUGAUUGCGAAUCAACCAAGGUAUGGAUCGAUAUUAGCUCAUUGAAAAACGGAUUAGAAAGUCUCAAAACGCAGCUUGAGAACAUGAUAGAGCACUCCAAAGAACUGAACACCACAUUUUUCAGAGCUCAUGCUGAAGGAAACCAAGUUAGCUGCGGUCAUGCUCAGGAACGGGAAGUAGGAGAAAAAAUUGAGACAAGGCUGAGAGAGAUGAUUGUCGAAUUCGAUAGCAAGGUUCGGACAUGCGAUAGCCUUCUGGGUGGCAUGGCACUAGCUGCUCAAAUGGAAUCAAACUACUACUCGAGGCAAGAUGCUAAGGUGGCUAUUAGUAUUGCCAACGCUACCAAACAGGAUGGAAGCCAAAUGAGAAACAUUGCGUGGCUAGGAAUGGUGUUCCUUCCUGGAACUUUUCUUGCUACUUUCUUCUCGAUGCCGUUCUUCGACUGGAAUACUCCAGAUACUGUCACUAUGUGGUGGAUGAAAAGACGGACAAGAGAGGCGAGCAGGAAGCAGUUACUAAAAGAUCUCGAGAGCGAGAAAGCUUCUCCUGUGUAG